AUGGCACUCCCUCUGUUUGAGGAUGACAGAAAUGGAGGGAGUGCUGAGAAAGGAGAAUCAAAUCCUGUGUACCUGUUGGAAAGUAACUACGCCUACGGUUACAUAGGAAGCAUUCCAUCAGCCAUCAUUCCUGAAUGUGGAAACUGGUUUUCUCACACUAAGCACCAGGGCAUCAGCAGCCUGUUCAGCUCUCUGAAAGUUGUCAGGCUGCUCCGUCUGGGACGAGUGGCCCGGAAGCUGGACCACUACAUUGAGUAUGGAGCCGCCGUGCUGGUCCUGCUGGUGUGUGUGUUCGGGCUGGCCGCCCACUGGAUGGCCUGCAUUUGGUAUAGCAUCGGGGACUAUGAGAUCUUCGACGAGGACACCAAGACCAUCCGCAACAACAGCUGGCUCUACCAGCUGGCCAUGGACACUGGUACCCCUUACCAGUUUAACGGGUCCGGCUCAGGGAAGUGGGAAGGGGGUCCCAGCAAGAAUUCCGUCUACAUCUCCUCGUUGUAUUUCACCAUGACCAGCCUCACCAGCGUGGGCUUUGGGAACAUCGCCCCGUCCACAGACAUCGAGAAAAUCUUUGCCGUGGCCAUCAUGAUGAUUGGCUCCCUCCUCUAUGCCACCAUCUUUGGGAACGUGACGACCAUUUUCCAACAGAUGUACGCCAACACCAACAGGUACCAUGAGAUGCUCAACAGUGUCCGGGACUUCCUGAAGCUCUACCAGGUCCCCAAGGGACUGAGUGAGCGCGUCAUGGAUUACAUCGUGUCCACCUGGUCCAUGUCCAGAGGCAUUGACACGGAGAAGGUCCUGCAGAUCUGCCCCAAGGACAUGAGAGCGGACAUCUGCGUGCACCUGAACCGCAAGGUGUUCAAGGAGCACCCGGCCUUCCGGCUGGCCAGCGACGGCUGCCUGCGGGCGCUGGCCAUGGAGUUCCAGACGGUGCACUGCGCCCCCGGGGACCUCAUCUACCACGCGGGGGAGAGUGUCGACAGCCUGUGCUUCGUGGUCUCGGGCUCCCUGGAGGUGAUCCAGGAUGACGAGGUGGUGGCCAUUCUAGGAGCUCUGCUGGGGGAGGUGAACAAUAAGCAGACAUUUGAACAUAGUGGCAGGGACACCUGCCCAGAAUUCAAGUAUUGA